GCAGAUCCUGGAACGGCAGUCCACUCACGUUCUUACCUGACCGACCAGUCCUGAACAGUAAGCCUGUAAAGAUGAUCAAAGCAGCAUUAUCGGUACUCUUGGUCCUGGUGGCCGUGUCCUCCUCCUUCGGGAAAUACACCCCCAAGACCGGCAAAAGGGUCCCUCAGACUCUGGCCAGAGGUUGGGGUGAUCAGCUGAUCUGGGCUCAGACAUACGAAGAGGCUCUCUACUGGUCCAGGUCAAGAAACAAGCCUCUGAUGGUCAUCUUUCACCUUGAGGACUGCCCACACAGCCAGGCACUGAAGAAGGUUUUUUCUGAAGACAACAAGAUUCAGAAAACUCUUGAUGAGGAUUUCAUUGUCCUCAAUCUGGUGUAUGAAACCACAGACAAACAUCUCUCUCCUGAUGGGCAGUACGUUCCCAGGAUCAUAUUUGUCGACCCCUCAAUGACGGUGAGGGCCGACGUCAAUGGUCGCUACUCCAACCGCAUGUAUGCCUAUGAACCCAGUGACAUAAACCUCUUGUUGAACAACAUGGCCAAGGCCAAGAAGCUCCUGAAGUCUGAGCUGUGAGGGUGAGACAUUCGGUCCACUCCAGAGUUUAUUGUUGCCACAGAUGCCAGCAACAUGCUGUCACUAUAGUUUACACCUGGAAAACUAAGCACUGGAAAGUUUCUUCUCUUCACCUACAUUUGAGAUGUUUCCUUAUUGAAUUUCCUUUCUACCUUUGUUAUUAUUGCUGCACACCCAGAAUGUCUUUUGAAUAAAUAUGGAACUGUUCAUACAAGAUGGAUAGUCUGCCUAUUUGCCAACAGAUUGUGGGGGAAGUAUAAAACUUAGAAGAAGACAUGAAUAAUAAAUACACAAAAACAAUCUUAUUAUUAUUAUUGAAACUGAAAGAACUACUGUUACUACUAUUACUAUUGUUAGUGCAACUACAUAUUUCUACUAACAAACAUCAGACAGAUAAUCUGUGAAAAAAUCAGGUUCCUGCUGGUGGUUUUAAAAUCCUGAUAAUUGUUGGAACUUUUUAUACAAUUCUCUGUCUGUAAUAUGUAUUAAUUUUUUAUUUUUAACAAUCAAACAUCAUUAAUAGGGUUCUUCUUGGACAAAUUCUGUUUUCUUCUCCCUGAUGUUUCGCCAUUGUUCUAUUAGCUAUUUGGUUGUUGCAGGGUAAGGCUUUUUAUCAGAGAGUGAAAAAUAAAAAUGUAAUAUAGUUUUCUUCACA